CUCAUUCACCCUCUCUCACGUACGUUCUACUCGAAUAUCGCCGCGCCAAUGGAAGCCAGCGCCGGGCUUGUCGCCGGAUCUCACAACCGGAAUGAACUUGUCGUCAUUCAUGGCCAUGAAGAGCCCAAAACGUUGAGGAACUUGGAUGGUCAAGUGUGUGAGAUAUGCGGUGACCAGGUGGGACUGACGGUGGAUGGGGAGUUGUUUGUGGCUUGCAAUGAAUGUGGUUUUCCUGUUUGCCGUCCCUGCUAUGAGUAUGAGAGAAGAGAAGGCAGCCAAAAUUGCCCUCAGUGCAAAACCAGAUUCAAGCGUCUCAAAGGGAGUCCAAGGGUGGAAGGAGAUGACGAUGAAGAAGGUGUCGAUGAUAUUGAGCAUGAGUUCAAGGCCAUCGAGGAUGAGAAGAAAAAGCAAGAGCAUGUUGUGGACGCCAUGCUUCAUGGGAAGAUGAGCUAUGGAAGAGGCCCUGAAGAUGAUGAGAAUUCUCAAUUUCCACCAGUUAUUGCUGGUGUAAGAAGCAGACAGGUGAGCGGUGAGUUCCCAUUGGCAUCUCAUGGUCAUGGAGAGCAAGUGUUAUCUUCUUCUCUGCACAAGCGAGUUCAUCCCUAUCCAGUUUCUGAGCCAGGAAGUGCAAGAUGGGAUGAGAAGAAAGAGGGGUGGAAAGAUAGAAUGGAUGAUUGGAAAAUGCAGCAGGGAAAUCUGGGAGCUGAUCAUGACGACUCAAACGAUCCAGACAUGGCCUUGAUAGACGAAACAAGGCAGCCAAUGUCAAGGAAAGUACCACUCCCAUCAAGCAAGAUCAAUCCUUAUAGGAUGGUGAUUAUUGCCCGGUUGUUCAUCUUGGCCUUGUUUCUCCGAUAUAGACUUUUGAACCCCGUGCACGAAUCGCUUGGUCUCUGGUUAACUUCUGUGAUAUGUGAAAUAUGGUUUGCAUUUUCAUGGAUCCUUGAUCAGUUCCCCAAAUGGUUCCCCAUUGAUCGAGAGACCUAUCUCGAUCGUCUCUCACUCAGGUAUGAGAGGGAGGGAGAACCAAACAUGCUUGCUCCAGUAGAUGUCUUUGUCAGUACAGUGGAUCCCAUGAAGGAACCUCCUCUUGUUACAGCCAACACAGUGCUUUCUAUCUUGGCAAUGGACUAUCCAGUUGAUAAGAUCUCCUGCUAUAUUUCUGACGAUGGUGCUUCCAUGUGCACCUUUGAAGCCUUAUCAGAAACCGCAGAAUUUGCUCGGAAAUGGGUGCCUUUCUGCAAGAAAUUCUCGAUAGAGCCUCGAGCCCCCGAGAUGUACUUUGCUGAAAAGAUUGAUUACCUCAAGGACAAAGUGCAGCCUACUUUUGUCAAGGAGAGGCGAGCUAUGAAGAGAGAGUAUGAGGAGUUCAAGGUGAGGAUUAAUGCCCUUGUGGCCAAAGCGUCAAAGGCCCCUCCGGAAGGGUGGAUUAUGCAAGACGGAACUCCAUGGCCUGGUAACAACACCAGGGAUCAUCCUGGUAUGAUUCAGGUGUUUCUUGGUCACAGUGGAGGACUUGACACCGAGGGAAAUGAGCUUCCUCGUCUUGUUUACGUCUCUCGUGAGAAAAGGCCUGGUUUUUCACACCACAAGAAAGCCGGUGCCAUGAAUGCCCUGGUUCGUGUCUCUGCAGUGCUUACAAAUGCUCCUUUCAUGCUGAACUUGGAUUGUGACCAUUAUGUGAACAACAGCAAGGCCGUGCGAGAGGCCAUGUGUUUCUUGAUGGACCCUCAGAUCGGAAAGAAGGUUAGCUAUGUUCAGUUCCCGCAAAGAUUUGAUGGUAUUGAUAAGAAUGACCGAUACGCCAACAAGAACUCAGUCUUCUUUGAUAUUAACAUGAGGGGUCUAGAUGGAAUUCAAGGUCCUGUAUAUGUUGGUACAGGAUGUGUUUUCAGAAGGCAAGCCUUGUAUGGUUACAAUCCUCCAAAGGGUCCUAAGCGUCCGAAGAUGGUGAGCUGUGAUUGCUGCCCCUGCUUUGGUCGCCGCAAGAAGCUUCCCAAGUAUGCCAAGAAUGAAGCAAAUGGAGAAGGUGCAAGCCUACAAGGAAUGGACGAUGACAAGGAGCUACUGAUGUCCCAGAUGAAUUUCGAAAAGAGAUUUGGACAGUCUGCAAUUUUUGUGACUUCAACUCUAAUGAUAGAAGGUGGUGUCCCUCCUUCCACAAGUCCUGCAGCCCUGCUUAAAGAAGCAAUUCAUGUUAUCAGUUGUGGUUACGAAGACAAAACAGAAUGGGGUCUUGAGCUAGGGUGGAUCUAUGGAUCUAUCACAGAGGAUAUUCUUACCGGCUUCAAGAUGCACUGCCGUGGUUGGAGGACGAUUUACUGUAUGCCCAAGAGACCCGCAUUUAAGGGUACAGCUCCAAUCAAUCUCUCCGAUCGUCUCAACCAGGUGCUUCGAUGGGCUCUAGGUUCCAUUGAAAUCUUCUUCAGUCACCACAGUCCCCUCUUGUAUGGCUACAAGGAAGGGAAGCUCAAGUGGCUCGAGCGAUUCGCUUAUGUCAACACAACCGUUUAUCCCUUCACCUCGCUGCCUCUUCUUGCCUACUGUACCCUCCCUGCAAUCUGCUUGCUCACUGAUAAAUUCAUCAUGCCACCGAUAAGUACUUUUGCAAGUCUGUUCUUCAUUUCUCUGUUCAUUUCAAUCUUCGCAACUGGUAUUCUUGAGCUGAGAUGGAGUGGAGUGAGCAUUGAAGAAUGGUGGAGAAAUGAGCAGUUCUGGGUCAUUGGUGGUGUGUCAGCUCACUUAUUUGCUGUCGUGCAAGGUCUUCUUAAGGUUUUGGCUGGAAUUGACACUAACUUUACUGUCACGUCAAAGGCUGUUGACGAUGAGGACUUUGGAGAACUAUAUACCUUUAAAUGGACGACCCUCCUAAUUCCUCCAACCACUCUCUUAAUCAUCAACAUUGUUGGAGUUGUUGCUGGCAUCGCAGAUGCCAUAAACAAUGGAUACCAAUCAUGGGGGCCUCUGUUUGGAAAGCUCUUCUUCGCAUUCUGGGUGAUUGUCCAUCUCUACCCCUUCCUCAAAGGUUUGAUGGGACGGCAGAACCGGACACCGACAAUAGUUGUCAUAUGGUCAGUGCUUUUGGCUUCUAUAUUCUCCUUACUUUGGGUCAGGAUUGACCCCUUCGUGAUGAAAACCAAGGGCCCUGAUGUCAAGCAAUGUGGACUAAAUUGCUGAAAAUUCUUUGUAUACGCCUUUUGUCCUCCUUUAGUGUGUGCAUCCCCACAAGAUACAAGGUCUAUUCUUGUUUAUGUGAGUAUGAUGUAUAAACCAAAAAAAAGUGCAGAUUCUCAAGAUUGAAUAAU